AUGCGCCACAAGGGCCGGGCCGCCCCAGCCGAGAGAAGUGGAGGGUGGGGGCCGCCGCCGGGGAGGGACCGCGAGCGGCCGGGCGCUGCGGAGCCCACCCGCGGCGGGAGCGCGGCGCGCGGGAGCGGACGCAGGGAGAGCAGCCGCCGCCGGCGCCGCCUUCCCACCCGGCUGAAACCCGAGCGCCCCUCCCCGUGCCUGACCUCCCUGGGCCCCUCUCCUGACACCUCCCCUUCCCGGGACCGGACCCCCUCCGCUCCUCCGGCGUCCCCCCGGACUCCAGGGGCCCCACUGCUGCCUGCCCAGUGCGACUGCGCCCGAGCGUGGACUUUCAGGGACUCCCUCUCGCCCGCCUUGCAGAGACUUUCUGUAGCUCCUCCGCCCCCGGUCCCGCAGCUCCGACGUGGCUGCUGCGGGGGGAGGGGGCCGGGGGGAGAGUGCGGGGGCGGCAUAAAGGGCCGGAGGCAGCGCGGGCGGAGACCCGAGAUGUGGCGCGUCCACUCCGCCGGCCUCAGCUCCAGCCACAUGGUUAAACUGCCACCUGAGAGGAGAGAAGCCGGGAGGGGGCUGCAGAGAACAUCACCCAGAAGAGCUCACGAUGCUGCUGUGGGUCACAAGUGACCUUACAGGGAAACCUUGCUGUUUGUGAGCCUUACAAUGCGAUGAGAUUAUAUUAAUAUCAUGAAAAACUUCAGCCCAGAAGUUGUGACUCUGGACAUUUACAUCGUAACUGGAUUUUCCUACCAAUGAGGCGGGAACACAUUACAAUCACCAUCAACAUACGUUCUCUUUUCACCCCUGUUUUCCUUCUUUUAGAUCCAUGGCAUUUAAGAAUUGAAACAACUGCUGGAUCAUCUGAUCAACCCCAUCAGUUUUUUUUUUUCUUAAAAUGGCCAAACAUUGAUAAAAAGAUAUCUGUUUGAGCAUCACUAAAAUUGCACAAUGCUGCUUUUUGUUCACCAAUUUUAAGUAUUUGGAAGACCCAUGAUUAAGGUUGCAGGUGACAUUGGGAUGCUCCCCAGAAUUUUUACAGAUGAAGAAUCACUGAGAAAGGAGAGUUCAGGGAGUCGUAAGCUCCUACUCACAUCCCUUGAGCUUCCCCAGAAACUCUUUAGGUUUUUUUAACCCAAGAAACGCUCACUCCCCUUUUGGUGUAGCAGCCCACUCCCCUGGCAGAGGUAAGCAGACCAGUUUUAUUCAACAAAAGCAGCCCAGAAACUAGGACAGAAUAGAAAGAAUAGUUAUAGCACAUCUGAGAAUGAGCAUGGGCAUGGGACAAAGUGCAAUUUCCUGGACCUUAAAUGGAAGGACCAGGUCAACCACGUGGGCACCAACGCUCUGCCAGUCUGUGCACUGGACAUUCCAUCGUGUCCCCUUCUCUGAAGUCUCAGUUUCCACCCAAGUCCAUCCAGGGCCUGCUUCAAGCUUCCCACGUCUGGUCAGGUGAACAUGCUUUGCCACUGCCGGUUGUUCCGUACAGGUUAGCACAGAGUAACCUGGCCCUCGCCCCAUCCAGGUGAGCUCUGGUCACCAAUGAGCUCUCUUGAUCUCACUUCACAGGUGAAAACCACCUUCCCAGACUUCACAGCCACGUUCAAGGGAACAGCCUGCUUAAAAUCUAUCAUCUACUGCGGACCUCAGCAAGAACUCAAGGAUACAACAAUCAGAGCAUAUAUUCAACAAGAAAUGCUCACUUAUUUUUUACUUAGAAAAGCUUAGUAAUUAAUCUCACUUUCAGUAAGGGUCUAUUAAUAAAAGAUGUGUUUUACCUCAGCUAUGUAUCCAGAAGACCAAAGUAUUCUAGAAAUCUGAAGUAUGUUUCCUUGUGUUUAUGGUUAAAUGUCUAGAUAUAUUUUUCUAGCAACCCACUUUCCUUAAAAUAAAAUC